AUGCCUUGCAUCUUUUUCAAGAUUUCAUUCUCAUAUUCACUAAAGCGUAUUUUCCGUACUUUGUUAUCAUUAAUAGCCUGUAGAAGGCGUUGCCGAACGGUUUGUACCGACCCAACAGCACCUGUCGAUGAAUUUGAUCUGUUAAGAAACCCUUCUUGUACCUCCGUUGGAUCGAAUGCCACCAACAAGGACUUUGCUUCCCCAGUGGAUAGGCUACGCGGUUGGACGAUAGAGCCCUCCACAGCAAUAACUGAGCAAGAGGAGGAAUCAGAGUUGCUUUCAUCUUCCAUCCACGGUGGUUUGUGUGAUCUUUCAUCACUGGAAACAAUUGUUGGGACGUUGCGGUUUAUGUCGUGA